AUGUCCACUCAAACCACUUCCUCAACCAAUAACAAGUGUGUUUUUAUCACUGGAAUUUCAGGAGGUCUCGGCUCCAUUCUUUGUCAAAAACUUUGCGAAAAGGGAGGAUUCAAAGUCAAGGGACUUGUUCGAGACGAAAGUGAAAAACAAAAUCUUACCAAAUUUGGUUGCACCGAUGUUUGUGUGGGAGAUUUGACCAAACUUCAAGAACAAGACUUUGUCAAUUACUUGAAAGGAUGCGACUACGUCAUUGAUGCUGCAGGUGCCACAGAUCCCAAGGACAUUCGUCGAGUCGAGUACAUUUCAGGCAAAUAUUUGGCCAAUGCUGCCAUGAAGAGUAAUGUGAAAAAAUUCAUUUGUAUGAGUGCCUUAGGUUGCGACAAGGUUGGAGGAGAAGUUGGUGGUACAGGUAGCAGCAGCAGCACACAAGAUUGGUCCAACAAGUUGAUUUGUGAUUGCGUCAAGAAUAAUAAGGAAUUUGGUAUCAAUCAGUACAAACUCGAUCAAUUCAUCAUGUGUGAAUGUCAGAAUCUUCCUUAUUGUGUGGUUCGAUGUGGAGAUUUGAAAGAUGAACCUGCAUGGAAUAAGAUUUUAAUUGGAAAGCCAACCCUGGGAGACAAGUAUAAGAAUAUUGAAUGUGUCAUUCCAAGAGAGGAUUUGAGUUGUUUAUUGUGUGAUCUCUUGUGUGAUGAUUCUAUUAAGAAUGUGUGCUUUGAGGUGGUUGGAUCCAAGGAUCAAGGAAUGCCCAUUCAAGAAGCCAUUAAGCAAUUGAAGACUGCUAUUUAA